GCAGAUCACAACUGCCACUGCCAGUAUAUUAUAUACAGAUCCUGCCCUGCAUUUUUAAUUUAUGUACAUAAGCAAGUUAUAUUUGGUUUUAUGUAACAGCACACACUUACAGAUACUUCGCUAACGAUAAGCACAUGCGUGAACACAACUUUUGACCGCAUAGAAAUCUGCGUACAGCGGAAAGGGAAAUCACAAAGUGUGUAGUAUAACGCGAUUUAACUUCGCACUAACUCUAACGCGUAUGUGGAUCGCGAACUGAAAUUUGAAAUGUAAGCAGAUCGGAAUCGGCACUGUCAUAGCUGUACGAUUAAACCCAUUUAUGGAGAACAAUGGGAUCUUUCGUGGGGCACGUAAUUCCAGGUGGAUUUUUUGUAAUCUGGGCCAUUUGGUCGGCGUGCUACAUUUUCCAUCGAUACUUCACCGGACUUGCCAGGAAUAAAAAUGCUGUUUUCACCUCCAGUACACGCUUCACCGGGAUCAUCUUAAAAUGCCUUCCGCUGGAUGCUGCACUGAAACUGCUUUUGCCAGUUAUCGGAAUUUUUGGCGAAGCAUUCGGCAGCCACGGCAUCGGUCCGAACAACAUUCAGCACAUGACGAUGUACACCGCUUUCGCCGUGCACGCCGUCAGCGAGCUGCUGCAGUCGUACCGGCGCAGCGCACUUCCGGUCACUCUGCCCACCGCCUACCUGACAUUGAUCCUGGCCUACACCGCCGAAGCGCUGCUCUUCAUGUUCCACGUGCACGGCCGCAGCAUGCUGGACAUGCAAGUGCACACGCUGCUCGUGUACGCCAUUUGGUUGUGCGUCGUCGCGACUAUCGCAGAGGUAGCUUGGCCAAACAGUCUUCUAUUGCCGGUGACACGCGCCUACGGCACGCUGCUGCAAGGCGUCUGGUUCAUGGUCGUGGCGUUCAUCCUGUACAAUCCCCAGCCCGGCGCGGUGCCUUGGAAGGGCGAUGACCACGGGAAGAUGAUGCUGGUGACGAAUAUCUUUAUAUGGGUGGCGCUGGGCUGUUUUGUCCUUUUGUCUGUGAUAUGUUAUCUGGUCAAGGGUGUGGCUGGCCGGGUGGGCAGCGGUAGAUUAAGGAGCGCUGGGAUCGGGAACGGAAGUGGGGCCGGGGAUGCGGCUUCCAUGGAACUCUUGACCAAUGAUGAAUGGCAGUGAAUGCAGCUCAUAAUAGUUGUUACGAGUUAAUAUGAUUUACGGAUACGUUCACGAUACUGUCAACUGUAAAAUAUUGACUAAUGACUGCAGUGCAGUGAGCACAAGUUUUGUUGACUGCUAGUUGCUAACUUGCUACGAUUUUUUAACUGAUGACUGUUGAACUCAUCGUCUUAUUUCUUUGUGGCUUGUUACGACAAUUUUCAACAACUGCACUUCGAAAUUUUGUACGCCGGCACCGAUUUACUUUGUACAACCUUGUAUGCACUUUUAUCAGUUUUAUGCAGAUUUGCAGACUGCUGGCAGUUUGAGCAACAGUCAAGUAAA